AUGGAUCGCAAAGGUACGGAGGCGCAGCAGUACGUAUGGGGCGGCGCAUUACCGCUUCAGAUUCAUCUCCACGAUUCUGAAGUCACCACGCUCCCACCGCCUCCACCUGCGCUGAUAUUGGCCCCACGAUUGGGGUAUUUGCCUUUGUUGGUACCUCAGAUCAAGCCAUUCUUUAGCAGUUCUCUUCCUCCUGGAUCCGAUACCGUGUGGUUUGAGUACAAAGGAUUGCCACUCAAAUGGUAUAUACCUACAGGAGCACUCUUUGAUCUUCUUUGUGCUGAACCAGAGCGGCCGUGGAAUUUAACAAUACAUUUUAGAGGAUACCCUGGAAAUCUAUUGCUCCCUUGUGAAGGCGAAGAUAGCACAAAGUGGAGCUUUAUUAAUGCUCUGAAAGAGGCAGCAUAUAUAAUUAAUGGAAACUGCAAGAAUAUAAUGAAUAUGUCUCAGUCUGAUCAGGCAGAACUUUGGCGCUCUGUCUUAAAUGGCCAGCUGGAAGCUUACCUGCGUGUUUCUUCCAAACUUAAACUUGACAUUGUUGCCGAUGACUUUUCCCUUAAAUUGAACUCAUCCACGUCAAACCCUCGACAAAGCUGUACUGACUCAGAUACUCCUGGAACCACCAGGACAGGUGAAAUUCCUGUUCGAUUAUAUAUAAGGAAUAUUGGUAAAGAUAUUGAUGACUUAGAGGAUGCUCCUAUUGUUGAUAACUGGGAUAUAAUCUCUUACAUAAAUCGUCCGGUUGAAGUUAAUGAUGAAGGAAAAUGCUUUACUUUGCACGACGCAAUAAAAUCCAUAUUGCCCGAGCUCUUCACGAAAGAAACCUGUGUAGAUAAUAAUGCAAGUGGAUCGGAACUGAAGUGCGGAUUGAAAAGCACCGAAGAAAGUGAGGAAGCAAAAUCAAAGAGUGCUGAAAUUAAGCUUGUUCGUAUUCAGGGUAUUGAGCCGAAACUGGAAAUCCCGUUCGGCUGGGUUGUAAACAACUUGAUGAACCCAGAGUACUACCUUCAUAUCUGUGUAUACCUCAAAGUUCCAGAACUGAACACUGUUAUAUGA